AUGCGUUAUGCACGCACGGCCAGCCUUGUGGCUAGCCUGGCAGCCGGUGUCAGCUCCCUCAGCAUCAAUAUUACUGCCGGCCUCCCAGGUUUCAGCAGCUGCCCUAGCUUCAACGAGAGUCUUCCUGACUACAAUUGCUAUCCUGACUGCCUCGCUCCUUCGAUCUCGCCGUCUGAGCCUAUAUCUUUCGGCUCUCACUACACGAUCCUCAACGUUGACAUGAUCAGUGCCGUCGCAGGUGGCAUCGUCAAGACUCCACCUGGUUGCAAGUGGAUCCAGAACAAUCAAGACUGGAUGGGAGCGGUUCACUCGCAGACGCCUGCACCGCUCUCCAUCUGGACUAGGAUCUACCACGCCUCUGCUCGCAAGCCGGAGAUUACCACCAACACCCCAUGGGCUGGUGAGGCAGGUAUGCUUGGAGAUAGCAGUGAUCCCCUUACCCAGAUCUACUCCGAGUUCAAGCCAGAUCCAGUCAACGACGUUGUGCUUGGGAAGUCGAGAUACUAUGCUGGUUCUGGAAACUCGCUGGAGACCAUACUUGAGGCACAAGGGAUCGACACUGUCAUCUUCAGCGGCAUCAGGACAAGCGGUGCCCUCUUGACCACUAUGUACCGCUUCUUUGACUUGGACUACAAGGUCUACCUGAUCAUGAACAACACUAUCGAGCUUCCUCAGCCAUACGGCGGUGGUCAGUCGGCUAAUAAUGCUCUGCUCCAAACCAUUUGCCCGGUUAUUCCGAUCAAUGUCAUCACCAUUGAGCAAGCUAUGGCGGGACUCAAGUCAAGUGGUCCAGCUGUGUGGUGA